AUGAAGGAAGAGCCCAGGUCCAUCUUCUCUUCACCAAACGACUUUGGCAGCCAGUCACUCGCAUUUGUCUCUCCGCCCUCCACAUUCGACAAGAGAAGAGAAGAAGGGAGCGCAUUGGAUGUUGGAGAGACAGAAUCUGCGGAAGCAACUACACCGAAAGGUCGACUCUCGUGGCAAAGCUACCCCCCAUCUCUUGUCGGUGCACAAGAUACUACCACAUCUACUACGACUGCGCCGAGAUCACAUCCCCAAACCUCCUGCCGAAUUCGAGAUACCCAGAAUCGCCUGCCAAUACUGCGGUUACCCCAUGCUACGAAACAUCCUAGAGCGGAAGAUACAGGUGCAAGGCCACCGUCGACCGAGAGGCCACCCAAGAGAAACAGGUCGAACGCGAACGAACGUCAAUAUACUCUCAACACAGGAAGCGUCCAGGCUGUAGUUUCUUCAAGGCAGCAAAGGGGUUCCCCGCUCUCUCCUCUCUUCUUCUCGCAUCCACCAAGAAGGCGACCGGUGCCCCCUCCCUUUAACUUCGGAGCAGAAGCUGCAGCAAAGAUGAUGCGGACACGAGAUGAGCCAAGAGUGUUUACUACGUUAAAACUUGCCCGGGGGAACAUCAAUUCUAGCCCACCUAGGGCUGCAGGCACCACUGGGAACCUCGCAUCUAUUGAGCGAGGUGGCUUUUCACAAAGUGGUGACGUGAAUAACAAAGCUUCCCCUGGAAUGCAGACAUUGGAAAGCGUGGGAGUCGUUGAGCUUCUUGAGCAAGAUGAAAGGCCGACACUCAUAAUUGACUUGUCAAACUCGGCGAACUUUGUUCCUGGCGGCCCUUUACAAAUCGUCUUCGCCAAUGCGUCGCUUCGGGCCUAUGAAUCGGUGCUGGAAAUGGUCACUGGUAACGCGGAUCUGGAUAGUCCUGGCAUUGCGGUUACAAACGACUUCCCCGAGUUCAAGGGCUGGGCUUUAAGCUAUGUCAGAAAUGGGGAAAGUCUGGAUGUUUGUCUUCCAUCCAUGAAGUACGGAGGCUUUGUCUGGAGCUGUUCCACGUUAAAGAAGCGACUGCGACUCAUCAGUGGAAGCAGUAAUACUAUCAAUGCUACAGGCCUUUCCGGCAGUAGCUCAAACGGGCCAUUAAGCAGUUCCUCUACCGUGGGUGACCGUUUCCGCGGGUCCAUAGUCACCCAAUUGGCACGCUCCCCUCUUGUACAUUCGACAGAGGCAUCGGACUAUUUUGGCGACGCCGCAACGGCUCCCCCCAUGCCCCCAUGCCUCUCAUCCCAGCAAGAUCCGCCGAGCCCAAUACCCUCAGUUGAAGACCUUGAAGGCGUUGUACCGAAGCAAGCCAUGCUAGCAUAUCAAAACGAGAUCUUAACAGGUACAACGAUGCGUUAUUCCGAAGGCUCCUCCUUUGACUGGACAAGACUUCCUAUUUCCGCCGCUCUUCCAAGGCACAUACAAUUUGCUCGCUCCAUUGAUUGGGCAUCUACAGCUCUUGGGCCCAUCGAAGGCUGGGCGCCCGAUUUGAGAGCUAUGUGUAACCUUAUUAUGGGGUCUCCACAUCCUGCAGCAAUGUAUUGGGGUGAUGAAAAUAUCGCUAUCUACAAUGAGGCCUACAUACUCUUGGCUGGCCAAAAACACCCGUGUCUGAUGGGUCAAAGCUACAAGACUGCGUGGGUUGAAAUUUGGCCUGAAAUCGAAGCUGUUUUUGAUAAUGCCAAGAACUCCGGCCAAUCGACGAUGAAAGACGAUGACUGCUUGUUCGUCAAGAGGAAUGGAUUCCUCGAAGAAACAUAUUUUUCGUGGUCGAUCAUCCCUCUGAUUGGGGAAGAUGGAUCAGUCGUCGGACUUUACAAUCCCGCUUUUGAAAAAACAAGAAGAAAGAUUGCCGAGAGGCGAAUGUUAACCCUGAGGGAGGUUGGAGAGAAAACGGCAACUGCUCGUGAAGUCAAGAGCUUCUGGGGCCAAGUCAUUCAAGGUCUAGAGUACAACGAGUAUGAUGUUCCGUUCGUAUUUCUCUAUUCUGUGAGUGAGGACCUCGACAGUGAUCUGAGCUCAAUGCACUCUGGAUCUCUUAACACACUAUCCACGCUAUCCACAGCACCACAAUGCAUCCUAGAGGGUACUCUCGGUGUACCUCGAGACCACAAGGCGGCGGUCAGUCCAAUUGAUCUCAGGGCAAGCGACGACAGCUUUGCCCCGCAUCUCCGGGAGUCGAUGAAUUCCAAACAGGCGAUUGUUCUGACAACAGAAGACGGCACUCUAUCCGCCGAUCUCAUCGAGGGCCUCGAAUGGCGUGGUUUCGGAGAUCCGUGUAGGGCUGCAGUUGUCUGCCCUAUCCAUACCACUAGCGAAACUAUCCUCGGAUUUCUAGUGAUGGGCGUUAAUCCAAGACGGCCUUACGACGAUGAUUACAGCUUGUUCAUUCAACUGCUGAGCCGUCAACUUGCUACCUCUAUGGCAUCCGUUGUUCUGUUUGAAGAAGAAAUCCGCAGAGGUCAGAGGGCCGCGCAGCUUGCUGCAAUCGAUCGACAGGAACUUUCGAAGCAGCUUGAUUUGAGGACGAAAGAGGCUGUGGAAAGCGAGACGAGAUUCACUCGGAUGGCGGAGUUUGCGCCUGUUGGCAUGUUCAUUGCUGAUGAAUCCGGUGCAAUAACCUACAGUAACGAUACCUGGUGGGAGAUAUCAAGACAUCCGAGAGGAGUCAACAGUGCCAAUGUCUGGAUGGACAGCAUUAAAGACGAGGACCGCCCAGGAGUCGAGGCAGCUUGGAAGGAUUUAGUCAAUAAGAACAAGAAGAGUGUUGUUACCCUUGAGUUUCGAUUCAAAAAUCCUUGGCACGACCGAAACGGGAACCGUGGCGAAACCUGGGUUCUCAUGAGCGCUUAUCCCGAAAGAGACCCUCAAGGCAUGCUGAAAAGCGUCUUUGGUAGCAUAACAAACAUCAGUCAACAGAAGUGGGCCGAAGAUUUCCAGAAGCGCAGAAUGGAAGAAGCUAUUGAGCUCAAGAGACAACAGGAGAAUUUCGUGGAUAUGGUGUCACAUGAGGUUAGGAACCCACUGAGCGCUAUUUUGCAAUGCAGUGACGAGAUAGCAACGUCUCUCCUCGAACUCAAGACUGCCGAUGAUAUUUCGAGGUCCCCUCAACGACUGACAAGAAUACUGGAAGGCAGCAUUGAUGCUGCCCAGACAAUUUUGCUGUGUGCUCAGCAUCAAAAACGGAUUGUUGACGAUAUCUUGACCCUUUCGAAACUUGACUCGGCCCUGCUGGUGGUAACACCUGUCGCGGUCCAGCCCGUUGCCGUCGUUCAAAGAGCACUCAAGAUGUUCGAAGGAGAAUUGGAAACGAAUACUAUUGCGAUGAAGUUCCGCGUGGAGAAGUCGUACCUCGACCUGAAAGUCGAUUGGGUCAACCUAGAUCCAUCGCGCCUGUUGCAAGUUCUCAUUAACCUGACCACCAAUGCGAUCAAAUUCACACGCGAGCAGGAAAAUCGCACGAUUGUUGUCAGCGUGGGCGCAAGUGGAGAACGUCCACUAGCUGCCAACUCGGGAGUUUCCUACUUUCCCAGCCGUUUGAAGCGGAAAGAUCUCAUGACAGAAGACCCGGAAUGGGGAACUGGCGACGAGAUCUACCUUCAAUUCGCGGUACAAGACACAGGCCGUGGACUUGAUGAAAAGGAAAAGACUCUGCUAUUCCAAAGGUUCAGUCAGGCAUCUCCGCGUACUCACGUCCAAUAUGGUGGCUCCGGGCUUGGAUUGUUCAUCUCUAGGGAGCUUGCGGAACUACAAGGAGGGGAGAUUGGAGUUGCCUCCAAAAGAGGCGUCGGCAGUACAUUUGCGUUCUACAUCAAGGCCCGCAAAGCCGAAAGCUUCUCCGAAGACACGCCAAUUGCUACUACCAUAAAUUCUCUGCCGAGGGACUCCUCGAGCUCAUCAUUGACCAUCGAAAGCCGGAAAACUUUGUCCGGGAGAGCAAUCCACCGUCCUGGUACCACUCAUGAUAACAAGCGCGCCGUAACGGUCACUUACCCACCAGCCUCAUCGCCCUCCAAAACCCCCAUUGACCACACCAAAAUCAAGGUCCUCAUCGUCGAAGAUAACCUCGUCAAUCAAAAGGUGUUACAGAAGCAACUCCGCAAUCGAGGUUACAUGACAGAAGUUGCUAACCACGGCGGCGAAGCCCUCGAUAUCCUCAGGACAUCAAAUUUCUGGUCGGGCGUCGAGAACGGCAUUGAUUUGGCGGUGAUCUUGAUGGAUCUAGAGAUGCCAAUCAUGGAUGGACUGACAUGUGCAAGAAUGAUCAGGGAGUUUGAAGCGGAUGGCACGAUCGUGCGGCAUGUGCCCAUCAUUGCAGUUACGGCUAAUGCGAGAUUGGAGCAGAUUGAGAUGGCGAUGGCUGCCGGAAUGGACAAUCUGGUGUCCAAACCCUUCCGUAUGCCGGAGCUUAUUCCGAAGAUUGAUGAAUUGGUGCUCAACAGCAAGGCAUCAUUAAUGUCGAUGUUGACGGCGCGUAUGAUGCCGUCGGCCACGCUUAAUAGAGAAGUGGUGCCAGGGCCUCGGCGAGACAAUUAA